UGAAGUGUUGGACUCAUUGGUGAUGACAUCAUAUCCGCCUUAAUGGCGAAUAUCGUGUUAAUACAUGAAUGUAGUGUUUGUUUGUUUAAAAUGAAUGAAUGUUUCAAUCAAUUUAAUCAUUGAUUUAUACAAUUAAUGACAAACUAUAUGACUAUUACUUGAUUUGACGGUUAAUUGAUUUUAAUCCACACUUUCUUGUAAUGCCAUUAAAUUUAAACCCGAGAGGGUCGGCACCAACAAAAAACCACUCGCGACCUGACCAUCGGCUCACAUACUCAAGUGCCGCCAGACAAGGCAUUCAAUCUGCAACACAUUCAUCACACGAACCAGUGUUAAACAAAUCACAUCCAAGUGCUGCUAACGUUCAACAGGUUGUUUUACCACAGAGCCAUCCGUCACAGGUGUCUCCUAUAAACCCGGGCGGCGCCCCAAUGCCUGUUUCGGUGGCAAAUGCUGGCUCAAAUCAGUAUCAAGUGAUACAAACAAGUGUGCCUCAAGUUUUAACUAUGAACCAAAUUAGAGGCUAUAGUCAUCAGCAAACAUUUGCUCCUCAACAGCAACAACCACAGCAGUCACGGGCACAGCCGAGACCCCCUUUAAUGAGUAGAGCACCGUCUGGUCCUCCCAAUGCUGCUCAACAGCCAACUCAAACUAAUAUGCAUAAUAUGCCCCAACAUUCCGGUGCACAACAAAUUUAUUAUGUAACGCAACCAACACAACAUAAUAUACAGAGCAUGUUUAUGCAUAACCAACAUAUAACUCACCCGUACACACCAAGACAGGCGGCGCCAACUUUCUAUAUGUAUCAGCCGACAGCGCAACCACAAUAUGGUGGCCAACAUAUACCACAAUAUGGUAACGUGUAUCCGCAACAUCAGUUCCCAGCUCAUCACAAUCAACAUCAACAUCAGGGUUCAACUCAACAUCAAAUAAUGCCCUCUGCAAUGCACCAAUCAAGAGUGCCAGCGGUAACUGCUGUGACAGCUCCUCCUGUAAUACAAUCAACACCUCAAUUAACUGUUCAGAUGGCACCGCCAAACAAUGACAUGAAUCCCAAUGAGUCUUCACAAAUGCCUCCAAAACAAUACAUAAAACGUGAGAAACGUCCGGCACUAUUGCAGGACCCAAGUGGUAAUAUGAUAGAUCUGGCGACGUUGGCUAAAGAUAAGUCUGAACCAAAAGAACAGACAUCUAGCAAUCAUAGAAAUAAGUCACAUCCCGGAGCUUCCAUUCAAAUAACACCCAAUUUGUCUGAAAAGGAAGUGAUUCAGAUGGAGUUUACCACAUCUGUCUCCCGAUUAGCGGCUCCUCCUAAUGAAUCAUUAGACAUUCAACCAACAACUGCUUCUUCAGUCAACGAAACAGAUUAUGUCGAUCCGAAAGCAGACGAUUUGGUAGCUAAAAGUGAAUCAAUUAGUGAAACAAAUGACAAAAACGGUGAUAUUAGUGACUCAAUAGCCGGUGAUGACGGCUCACUAAACAAUGAUUUAACAAACUCUGAAAUUAGUUCUUCUAAUAGUAAUUUUGAUAAUAAAACUGAUAGUAAAUUAUUAAAUGACAAAUCAGCUCAAAAUAUUUUAAAUGAUGUUAAUAGUAGUCAAAUAAAAGUUGAAUUAAAUAGUGUGCAAAAUUUGAGUGCAACCAAUGGACAGUCAUCGGACACUAGUUUUGAACAAACCAUUGAUGACAUAACAGAGAAGACAAAUACGGAAAUAGCCAAAGACUAUUCUCAACAAGAAGUAAUUGAAAAUAAUAAUAAUAUAAUUGAAAACAUAAAUGAAUCGACAAUAUUAGUUGACGAAAAAAAAUUAGGAGAUAAUAAAGUGAACAAUUGUGGUAAUGAUGUGACCGACAAUGUGUCAGUUGUAGACAAACUUGAGGUCCAACCGACUAUUGAUGAGUCUUUGUCUGUGAUCGUCUCAUCAAACAAAUCAGAAACUGUUUGUAAUAAUAAUAAUAAUAUUAGUGACAAUAAUAUUGCCAAUGAAGUACUGUCUAAUGAUUCAUCAGAUGAAAGCAAUGAGCAAAUGUCGACAACUAAAGACAGUCUGCCAUUGCGUCCAAACUUGCCGUAUAAAGACGGACAGUGGACACCAGUGGAUACCGAUGGCAUCAAAAAUUAUGACAGAGAUUUUUUGAUGGCUGUAUUACAUCAUUCGCAAAAUGCAGACAUUCACAAAAUGCCUGAAUGUCUUAAAUCAGAUAAAAUUAAAGACAUUCAACGAAAAGAUUCGAGUUCACGGGACAGUCACCCGGUUCCUUACGCUCACGACUUAUUUUUACCACAAUUUGCAAAGUCUACAGAAUUCCGAAACAGAAUUAAUCCUCCAUUGAAUCGAGGAAAGAGUCAAUCGGGAAAGUUUCCCGAUAAACAACGAAAGAUUAUAUCGACAUCACUCACACAGGAUGUCAAACUGCAUACAACAGGCAAUGCAUGGAAACCUAUGUCCCGACCCGAUCCCGGACUCGAUAAUGAAGAACAGGAAACACAAGAUCUGUUGAAAAAGAUUAGAGGAAUUCUUAAUAAACUUACGCCACAGAAAUUCAAUGAUUUAAGUAACAAAAUUAUGGGAUUAAAAUUUGAUACCGAAGACAGACUUAGACGCGUAUUAGAUCUGAUUUUUGAGAAAGCCGUCGAUGAACCGGCAUUUUGUGUCCAAUACGCUAAUCUUUGCAAACAUUUAUCUUUACAUUUGCAAACUUACAAAGUUUUUAAAGAAGGGGAGAAUGGAUCCGAAGAAGUCAAGUUCUAUAAAUUACUUCUUACUAAAUGUCAAAAAGAAUUUGAAGCAGACAUUUAUGCCACGAUUACUGACCUCAAAGAGAGACAGGAAGUGAUCGAUAAAUGUAUGGACCAAAAGAAAAAGAAAGAGUUGUGGGAAAUACUCGACGACGACAAGAGAAGAGCUCGCAAAAGAAGUUUAGGAAAUAUUAAAUUGAUUGGAGAGCUAUACAAACUUCAUAUGUUGAAAGCAAAUAUUAUGCUUCAAUGUAUUGAAAACCUUAUCAAAGAAGCCGACGACGAGUCACUUGAAUGUCUUUGUUAUUUAUUUCGUACAAUUGGUGAACAAAUUGAAAAUGAAGCGCAAACUCAGGACCAGAAACUGAUUGACAAUAACUGUAAACCAAAAUAUAUGGAGUUUUUGAACUCAUUUUUUAUACGAAUGGAAAAGAUUGCAAAUCAGAAGGACCCGGAUGUCAAAGGAACGUCUUCACGGGUCCGCUUCAUGUUGAAGGACAUCAACGAUAUGCGUAAAAAUAAUUGGAAAGUCAGACGCGAUGAGAACUUACCCAAAACUAUUGAAGAGAUCCAUAAAGACGCUCAAAAAGAAGACGAACAAAAAUCACGGGAUUUACAACAACACACUCUUCGAAAACAUGAAGAAAGGAAAAAAGGCAAUCAAAACGAUGCCAAUGAUGGCAAUCAAUGGAAGACAGUAACCGGACGUAAGAGUCAGAACGCUAUGCCGCCCGCGAAGAUUGACUUCGCACUUAUGAAGAAUCAAAUGCAAAGUCACGAUAAUAUACAACUCGGUCCAAUGGGUGGUAUCGGUAAUUGGUCACUCGGUAGUCGUGGCGGAGGAUCGUCCACUCGUCCGACUGCUGACGACAAACAACCUCCCAAUAGAUUUUCACCUUUAGAUCUAAAUGAUAAUAGAAAGCAAUCACAUAAGACGUUAUCAUCAAGAGAUUCAAGUAAAGGUAGAUCCAAUCAGCAACACGGCUACUCUCAAUCGAGUCGCAGUGGUGGAGGUCGGUCUCAGACAGGAGGACGCGGUGCCGAAAAAGAUGAGGCUAUAAGUCUUGCCCGAAGUUUUUCAUCACACAGACAAUCUCCAUCAGAAUCUUCACCGAUAUAUCCAAAUAUGACUUCACGAAAUAGUAGUCUUAGCGGUAGUCGGGAAGCCAGUGCACCCAAUAGUCGCAGCAGUUCUAUACGCCGUGAAACGCCUGACAUUGAAAAUCAAUUGAAGGGCAGUACUAGUAUUUCAGACAAAGAAUUAGGCGACAAAUGUAUUGCCUCUAUUCAGGAGUAUUUAAAUGUUAAGAAUUUCAAAGAAUCAGUCCUCGAUGUCACUACCGUUUGUCACGACUCCAAUGUUGACACAUAUGUGACAACAGCGCUCAAUAUAGCACUGGACAACUCUAGUCAGACCGACCACUUCCUUAUUGGUAAACUUAUUAAUCAUCUUCUUUGCAAUCAUUAUAUAAAACUCGACCACUUCUUCAAAGGUUUAAAUGCUAUAUUGGAAAUGUCGAGUGACAUAGAAAUAGACGUUCCAAAGAUGUGGGACUAUAUCGCCGAAGUGAUUGCUCCCGUAUUUGUCGGCUUAACGUUUGAUAGGAAAAAAUUUUUAAUUGAUAUUAAAAUAGUUUGCGAAGAAAGAAGUGGAGCCAAAUUUAUAGCAAAAAUUAUUAAAUCAGUUUCUGUAUAUACUAAUGAAAUGCAAGCCAACGAAUUGUGGCAAAAUUCUGACUUAAGUUGGACUGACUUUUUAGAUACAAAUCAAAAUGUCGUGGAUUUUGUCAGUCAAUACGGCGUUGAGUUUACAACGAAACAGUUUGAGCCAAAACUCCAAACUUUAAUCAAAGAAGUUGAACAACUCGUUAAAAAUGAAAACGUUAAUGAAAUUAAUAAUAUAAUAAACAAACAUUUUAAUACCCAUCAAAAGCUUGAUCCUCCAAUUACGAGUGCCUUAUUCAGUGCUAUCAUUAAUGGAUGUAUUAAUGCACCACAAGAUCCAAGAAAUGAAUCGUUUGCAAUGACAGUCGAUAUAUCUUUAUUAACAAAAAUGGUUUCUAUUUUGAAUCAAAUAUUGGACGGAAAUCUGAACAAUGAAUUACAAGCACUUAAAGUACUGACAGAACUUAUGGAAAGACUUCAACACCCGUCAAAUUUACUUUCAAAUAUAUUUAAUUGCCUUUACGAUACUUCUGUCAUAUCUCACGAAGCGUUUCUCAAGUGGGAAGAAACCGACAAAACGAGUCCAGGAAAGGCUAUGGCCAUCACUAGUGUAGUCCGGUUUAUGACAUGGCUUCGGGAGAAUGAGGACGACGAUGAUGAUAAUGAUGGCACCGGUAGUUGAAACUGUCAAACCAUUGAUUAUUAUUUACAACAAAAUUAUUAGUAAUUUUAUUGAUAAAUUUAAAGAUAAUUAUAUAUAUAUAU